GUCGUCGUCAAUUGUUAUGGUUGACGGCAGACGAAGAGUUUGUCAACAAAAUUUGACUUAAUUAUUUUCGUGUUUAGGCGAAUGAAUUCUGCCUUAUACACGAAAUGGGUAAUACGGAUUCCAAGUUGAAUUUUCGCAAAGCGGUUAUUCAAUUGACGACAAAAACUCAACCUAUUGAUGCUAAAGAUGAUGUGUUUUGGGAUCAGUUUUGGUCCGAGAGCAUUCAGAGUGUCCAAGAUGUAUUCACUCUCAUUCCUGCAGCUGAAAUCAGAGCAUUAAGAGAAGAAUCACCUUCUAAUUUAGCCACACUCUGUUACAAAGCAGUAGAGAAACUUGUAAAAGCUGCUGACACCUUGUGCAAUACACCAACACAACAGCAAAUAGUUUUAAAUUGUGUACAUCUCUUGACACGAAUUCUCCCAUAUAUAUUUGAAGAACCUGAUUGGAGAGGAUUUUUCUGGUCAAGUCUUCCUAGUCAAGGAAAUGAUGAAACUGAUAGUGAGAUUGAAAGUUUGCCAUUAGCACAAUCAUUAAUCACAGCACUUUGUGAUUUAUUAUUUUGUCCUGACUUCACUGUUUCUGUUUCAAAGAGAUCUGGACCGGAUAAUCCUGAGGAUCUUCAAUCAAUUGACAGUUGUGAAUACAUCUGGGAAGCUGGAGUUGGCUUUGCUCAUUCUCCAUCACAUGUACCUCAACACGAUUAUAAUCGAACAGAGAUUUUAAAAUUGUUAUUGACAUGCUUCAGCCAAACUAUAUAUUUACCUUCUAAUGAAGCUCAUCAACAGCCAAAUAAAUGGAUUAAAUAUUUUACGUCGGCAGAUAACAGACAUGCACUUCCUCUGUUCACAUCUUUGUUAAAUAUUGUAGCUGCUUAUGAUCCUGUUGGUUAUGGGCUGCCUUUCAAUCAUCUCCUGUUUACAGAUUCAAGAGAACCACUUGUUGAAGUUGCCCUCCAAGUUCUCAUUGUAACUCUGGAUCAUGAUUUCAGAGAAAUUGGAGAUGACAACAAUGAGAAAACAAUGCCAGAAAAUCUCUUCAUCAACUAUUUGUCUCGUAUUCAUCGUGAAGAAGAUUUUUCCUUUGUACUGAAAGGAUUUACACGCUUAUUAAACAAUCCACUUAUUCAAACCUACUUGCCUAAUUCCACAAAGAAAAUUCAAUUUCAUCAAGAAUUAUUAAUAUUCUUUUGGAAGAUGUGUGAUUAUAAUAAAAAAUUCAUGUUUUACGUACUGAAAAGUAGUGAAGUGUUAGAGGUAUUAGUUCCAAUUUUAUAUCAUCUAAAUGAUGCUAGAGCAGAUCAAUCUCGUGUAGGUUUAGUACAUAUUGGAGUAUUUAUUUUGUUGCUGCUGAGCGGAGAAAGAAAUUUUGGCGUGCGGUUAAAUAAACCCUACACAGCAAGUGUGCCAAUGGACAUUCCAGUUUUCACAGGAACUCAUGCAGAUCUAUUAAUAAUUGUAUUUCAUAAAAUUAUUACCACGGGUCACCAACGUCUUCAGCCAUUAUUUGAUUGUCUAUUAACUAUAAUUGUAAAUGUUUCGCCUUAUUUGAAAACUCUAUCAAUGGUUGCAAGCACAAAACUUUUGCAUUUACUUGAGGCUUUUAGCACUCCAUGGUUUUUAUAUUCAAAUUCUACAAACCACCAUUUAGUGUUCUUUUUACUGGAGAUUUUCAACAACAUUAUACAAUACCAAUUUGAUGGCAAUUCAAACUUAGUGUACACUAUCAUUCGUAAACGGAAUGUGUUUCACGCACUUGCAAAUUUGCCCACAGACUAUUCUACCAUUCAGAAAUCUCUGAGCAAGUGCAAACGUCUUGCUUCCUCCUCCAGUAUUAAUAGUCUGAGUGGUGGAAAUGCCUCCGGAAGCAAUUCACCCAACAAUAAUAAUAAUGACGAAGAUAUGGAAGAAGUAUCAUCUCAGUCUGCCAAACUGGCUGAAAAGGGAACUCUGAAUGCAUCUCUGGCAGCAACACCACGAAUCGACAAAAUGACUGAGCAAGAACAGGCACAUCUUUCUGCCCAUGAUGGUCCACCCGAUACAGAAACAAACAACAGAAUGGACAACGAGACUGUUUCACAGAGUCUGGAACCUGAAGGACAGGUGACUUCGAAAAAUGUAGAAAUUGCAGAAAAUGAAGAUAACAGAAAUGAUAACAAACCAUCAUCCCUCCCAGCCAGUCCCUCUCCAUCGAUAACGUCUUCCGGUUCAGAAACCGGACAGUCUCGAACAGCUCCAAAUCAAAAUGCCUGCAGGAGAUCAGUCAGCAACCAGAGUGUGAGCAGUGGCACUCAAGGUCCCUGGAUUCCCACGACAGACUGGGUACUCUCAUGGAAACAAAAGUUACCACUGCAAACCAUCAUGAGACUGUUACAAGUUUUGGUUCCUCAAGUCGAAAAAAUUUGUAUAGACAAAGGCCUGACAGACGAAAGUGAAAUUUUGAAGUUCUUGCAACAUGGAACACUAGUGGGUCUACUUCCCAUUCCACAUCCCAUUCUCAUCAGAAAAUACCAGGCAAAUAGUGGCACAACCAUGUGGUUUCGUACAUACAUGUGGGGCGUCAUUUAUCUAAGGAAUGUCGAUCCACCGAUAUGGUAUGACACAGACGUAAAACUGUUCGAGAUUCAGCGCAUCUAAGUCAUAAAACAUCGGUCUAGUCAAACAUACUGGUACAAAAAAAUUAAUUUAUCCUUCAGUAAAAACAUCUGCUAGUCCAAAAAAUGUUGAGUUUUCACUCUCCCAAUUUUGUUGUUUAACAACAGUUGUUGAAUCAAAAUAUUUUAUAUGCUUAAGCAGCUCAAAAAUCAAAACUUAUUUUAAUUUUUUUUGUUUCAAAAUAAAGACUACAGCAAGUGUAAAA